AGUCCUCAAGGUCCGCUGUCCUGCAUGUUCUAGCUCCAGCUUACUGGAGUCAAACAAACGGUUCUGUGCAGAACUUUGUGACAUGCUGAAGAGGUGACUCAGCAGGUUGUUGGAGCAAGGACACUGUCUCAUGGGGACAGAGGUUGGACACUAUGGUAAUAAGCUGUCCACUACGUGAACUCAAAGGAGGAUCCAUACAGUCUUAAUCUAUGUGAGCAACAGUGACCCACAAAUAACGCGGGUUUUAUUUUGAAAAUCCUGAACCGGAGGUUUACUGCCCUCCUCCAGUUUGACGCUUCUGGGUCCAGUUGGGGAGUUUUUGUGGGGACCAGACGUGGACAGAGUGUCAGAGCGGAGGAAUAAAUCAGGAAAACCCCAGCAGGAGGAAGAGGCCUUCAGCCACAGGAGCAGAGUCUUCCUCCUCCUCGUUCAGACAUGGCUGGAGCUCUGAGGAUGACUGAACCGCAGUUCAUGAACUACGACAACGACGUGUUACCAAAUUUUAUGCACUAUGACUUCAUUCCUCCGAUGGACAUAAAGACUGAGCCCUACAUACCUGAGACAGCUCAUGGUCCGUAUAUUCAGAUCAUCGAGGAGCCCAAACAGAGGGGGUUCCGUUUCCGUUAUGAGUGUGAGGGUCCAUCCCACGGCGGGCUCCCAGGGGCCUCCAGUGAGAAGAACCGGAGAACCUAUCCAACUGUGAAGAUCAACAACUAUGUGGGCCACGCCCGGGUGGAGGUCCAGCUGGUGACCCACACCGACCCGCCCCGGGUCCACGCCCACAGCCUGGUGGGACGCCACUGCAACGAGAACGGCACGUGCAUGCUGGACAUCGGCCCUAAUGACCUCACCGCCUCGUUCAGCAACCUGGGGAUCCUCCACGUGACCAAGAAGGGCGUGGUCGAGGUUUUAACCAGAAGGCUGAGGGAGGAGAGGAGGAGACAGAAAGGAACCCACUGUCCUCUGACAGACUCUGAGGAGUCGUCCAUCCUGAAGGAGGCCAAGGAGCUCGGGAAGAUCAUGGACCUGAACAUCGUCCGACUGCGUUUCACUGCCUACCUGCAGGACAGCAAUGGAGGCUUCACCAGAGCCCUGAAACCUGUGGUGUCCAACCCCAUCUACGACAGCAAGUCUCCAAACGCCUCCAACCUGAAGAUCUCCCGCAUGGAUAAGACAUGCGGUUCUGUGCUUGGAGGAGACGAGAUCUUCCUGCUGUGUGACAAGGUGCAGAAAGAUGACAUCGAGAUCCGGUUCUACGAGGAGGAUGACGAGGGAUGCUGGGAGGCGUUCGGGGACUUUUCUCCUACUGAUGUUCACAAACAGUACGCCAUCGUGUUCAAAACGCCGCCCUACCACAGCGCAGAGAUCGACCGACCCGUCACUGUCUUCCUGCAGCUGAGGAGGAAGAAGGCCGGCGACAGCAGCGACCCCAAACAGUUCACCUACAUCCCUCAGGUCCAAGACAAAGAAGAGGUUCUGAGGAAGAAGCAGAAACCGCUGCCCCACUACGAUUCCUGGAGAGGAGGGGGAAGAGGAAGAGAUGGAGGAGCAGGAACUGGAGGGUUCGGAGGAGCUGCAGGAGGAGGAGCAGGUUUCCAGUUCCAGCAGAUGAACGGGGGAACAGGAGGUGGAGCUUUCUACACAGGAGGCUUUACAGGGUUUACCUCAGGGGGAGGAGCUCAGAUGUCAGCCUCCGCCCCUCAGACAGGUGUGUCUCAGCAGCAGGGUGAGGGUCAGCCGGGCCCUCUGCAGCAGCAGCUGCUUCGGAUCGCCGCCUCCCUCAGUAACCGAGUCUCUCAGAGCGCCCGGCAGACCGCCGCCGCCCUGCUGCAGUACUGCAGCACUGGAGAUCCCCGAGUCCUCCUCGCCCUGCAGAGACACCUGUGUGGCAUUCAGGACGCCAACGGAGACACACCGCUGCACCUGGCCAUCAUCCACCAGCAGACCUCCGUGAUCCAGCAGCUGAUCCAGACUCUGCUGAGCAGCCAACAGCAUGCCGUCCUGAACACGUCCAACCACCUGCAGCAGACCCCCCUGCACCUGGCGGUGAUCACACGGCAGCUGAAGGUGACGGAGGUGUUGCUGAGGGCAGGGGCCGACCCCACCCUCGUGGACAAAGAUGGCCGCAGCCCGCUUCACCUGGCAGCACUGGCUGGAGACACUGCCAUGCUCCGCCUACUGCUGGCUCACCUGGGAGAACGCCACGCCCACCUGGUGAACAUGCCCGACUACCACGGUCUGCAGCCGCUGCACCUGGCCGUCAGGAGGGAUGGAGAGCGCUGCCUCCGCCUGCUGGUGGAGGGCGGGGCCAAAAUAAACGCCCCGGAGCAGAAGAGCGGAAACACGGCGCUGCACCUAGCCGUCAAAGAGAACCUGUUCAAAGUGGCGUGUAUGCUCAUCACAGAGCUGAAGGCUGACUUUAAUGCCUGCACGUUUGGAGGAAACACGCCGCUCCACCUGGCAGCCAGCCUGGGCUCGCCGACGCUCUGCUCCAUGCUGAUCGCUGCAGGUGCUGAUAAGAACCUGGAGAACGAUGAGCCGCUCUUCUUCAGCUCCUCCUCAGACGAGGAACAGGAGCAGGAAGACCCAAUCAGAAAGCGAGACGACAACACACAGCCAAUCAGCAAUCGCAAGAGACCAGCAGGAGGACACACCCCUCUAGAUCUGGCUACCUGUCAGAAGGUGAAGAACCUGCUGACCACCCGGCAGAGUCCAAAGCUGAACCGUCACGUGGAUAAGAAGAUCAGGACGAACAGCAGUGAAGACCCAGAGCGUUCGGGCCUGGACGAAGACACACUGACCCGGCUAGUGGAGGUGCUAAGUGUUGGAGACGUUCCCUGGAUGAAGCUGGCGGAGAAGCUAGGAAUGAUGACGCUGACCCACCUGUACCAGGACAGUCCCACGCCCUGCCAGCACCUGCUGCAGCACUACAAGCUGGGUGGAGGUCCUGUUGAAGGUCUGGUUGAAGCUCUGCAGUCUCUGGGUCUGACAGAAGGAGUCCGACUGCUGAGGAACACAGAGCUACAAGACGACAAACACAGCUCAGAUGCCACAGUCGACAGCGGCUUCAGCAGCCAACCAAUGGAGGAGCAGCAGGAGGAGGAGAUGACCAAUCAGUGAGGAGCUGGAGACAUUAAUGGUCAUGUGAUCAUUGAGGAAGGAUCUUCUGAUGAAGAUGAGUUUCAUUCAGCAGGUUUGUUCUGCUGCAGGACAAAAACGUUGUGGAUUGGAGCAGCAACCCACCGUCCUCAUCAUCUUCAUCAUCUUCAUCAUCUUCAUCAUCUUCAUGAUAAACUGAGCUGAGGAAUUCAUUCACCAGAAACAAACUGUAACAUACGCUCUUUGACUUUUAUUUAUAUUUUACUGUCUGUUAGAGUCCUUUGGUUUCAUUCGUCUUCACAUCCAUAAUCUGAGAGACUAAACUGGAAUUUCCUGGCUUCUGUCAGGUGUUUGAAUGCAGCGCGUCUUACCUGCUAACUCAUCUGUGAGGUAGAGAAGACCAAUGAUGGCGAAAAUGUUUAAUGUUGUAAAAAUGAAUAAAAUGUUUCUUAAAUCAGAACAGAAUAAACAGGUUUAAAGCGCUGAGA